CCGCCGCCGCCGCCGCCGCCCGGGGCCAUGGCGGCGCUGGUGCUGGUGCUGCUGGCGGCGCUGGGCGGGCGGGCCGUGCUGCCGGGCGGGCGGUGCGCGGCGCCGCUGGCCGACCUGCGCUCGCAGAUCUCGGGCGUGGAGUCGCUGCUGGAGGAGUUCCGCCGGCAGCUGCAGCAGGAGGAGCCGGGACCGCCGGCGGCGGCGGCAGCGGGCGGCGGGGAGCGGUGCGGCGGCAGCGGCGGCUUCUCCGCCAGGCCCGACUCCAUCAUCCGCACCAAGGACUCCAUCGCGGCCGGCGCCGCCUUCCUGCGGGCCCCCGCCGCCGUGGCGGGCUGGCGGCAGUGCCUGGACGCCUGCUGCGCCGAGCCGCGCUGCACGCUGGCCGUGGUGCAGGGGCCCGGCCGGCCGCGGGGGGCGGCGGCGGCGGCGGAGCUGGGCUGCUACCUCUUCAACUGCACCCACCGCGGCCGCCCCGUCUGCCGCUUCGCCCCGCACCGCGGCUACAGCACCUACAGCCGCCGGCCCGCCGGCCUCGCCCUGCAGCCGCCGCCGCCGCCGGAAGAAGAAUAUGAUGAGCCUCCACGGUGCAAGGCAGGAGAAGAUAUUGUGCUGCAGUCACCUGUCGACUGGGUGCUUUUGGAUGGCCGAGAAAGUUCAGAUGACCAUGGAAUUGUGCAAUACGAGUGGACACUGCUGCAAGGUGACUCAUCGGUUGAAAUGAAGGUACCACAGCCAGGAACACUGAAACUGUCCCGCGUUCAGGAAGGCGGGUAUGUUUUCCAGCUAACUGUGACAGACACUGCAGGUCAGCGGAGCUCUGACAACAUCUCUGUGACCGUUCUGCCCAUGGUUCAUUCUGCAGCAGCCUGUGUCGGGGUUUGCUCUCGCUACCAGUUUAUCUGCGAUGAUGGCUGCUGCAUUGACAUCACGUUUGCUUGUGAUGGCGUGAGACAGUGCCCUGAUGGGUCGGAUGAAACUUUCUGCCAGAACUUCAGCCCAGGUCGGAAGACGGUGGCACAUGCAGCUCUUGGCACUACCCAGCAAAGGACUGUAGGACUGACUGAAAGCACAGAUGAAAACUUCUCUGCAGAAAACACCCUGAAAGCCACUGCCAGAAAUCAACCGCUUCUCUCAGUGGAUGCAGACAUGUCUAACCAAUCGCUUUCUCAGGGACCAAAGAAACAAAUCAGUGGAUUUUUGCCAGAUAACAGUUCCUCAGGGAAAAUAACAGAUGAUAAAAAUAGGAAUGGCAUAAUGGUGCCAAAGAGAGAUCAGCUUGGUGGUGGUCAUCCAGUCCCAGAAACAGGUGCCGUGUUACCCUUAGCCUUAGGCUUGGCCAUCACUGCUUUACUGCUGCUUAUGGUUGCUUGCAGACUGCGGUUAGUGAGACAGAAGCUUAAAAAAGCUCGACCCAUUACAUCCGAAGAGUCCGAUUACCUCAUCAACGGGAUGUAUCUCUAAAAAUUGGAUUUAGGUCAGUUGUGUUCUCCCCUUUCUCCUGUGUCGAUGAACCUCUGCCUCUAGAAAAGGACCAAAACCUUUAGUUAAGUUUUGAGUGUAGAAGAAGCCUAUGAGACGAGGAACAUGUUCUUCCCCCUCGGUGAUAAAAUAAAAAAGUGGGUAGAUGCCCGUGCUCGGAAGGUAAGCGGCGUUCAGGCUCCAGAGAGUGGCUCCAGUUGGCUCUUGCGCAGAAGACACUGCAAAGUGGGACACCCCAAACUGGAUGCGGGGUGCCUCUGCCCUGCCCCGCAGCCGAUGGGGGUCCCGGCGGCGGCAGAGCGUGCCCUGGGGGCCGGAGCAGCCACUGCCCAGCGCUGGCCGAGGCGUAGAGGGGAGCCUGUGCCGCCCUGCUCUUGGCAGCGCUGCCACCGCCGUGCUCCGCUCCGGGAGCGCGUUACUUCCCUGUCCAGCAAAGACUGAUUUGUGUACGUGUCACCUGAUGCGCUGGGAGUAUUUUCAUGAAAGAAUUUGUCUUGCUUUAUUAAUUAAAAGCAAUUGCUAUCUAAGCACCAGCUUUUAUAACAAAAAUCGGGAUUUAAGGAACAAAGCAUCUUCUUUUCAUUUGUAGUUUAAACCUGUGCAGAUAACAGGGUCAUGCUUACUAAAUGCUAAAAAUGAAAAAAUACAAGCCCUCAGUGGGUGAGUUUGGACUUACCAGUGCUCGACAGCAGUCAUGUAGGAUCCCAGAGCUACGUCUCUCCCCGAAGCGCAGGGCUCGUUCAGCCUUUCCCACCCCUAGCUGGGCACCCCCCACAGCCUGAGAGCAGCACGCAGCGGCUUUUACCCGAGACACUGGAGCGUAGGAUUCCUCUGGUUAUCCCACAGCUCCCGCAAAGCUUGAAAGCUUCAGUGACCUGCCCUCACCCCAGAAAAGUUCUCAUAGAAUUAGAGCAAGUAAUUGGUACGUGUGAGUGAACUUCAGAUGUGUUAACAGUAAAAUGUGUACAGUACAUGUUAUAUAUACACACAUAUAUAUACACGCACACACCCCCCCCCUCCAUGCUGUCUGUCUUGUUUGACUGUCCAAGGAUAUCACAUUCAUCACAGGUCUCAAUAAAAACAGAGGCAAAAUGAGGCAUGCAUCUUUUUGUAUGUCGUCUUUUGUACUUCAGUAACUUCGAAUCAGCAAGAAUAUUGCCACAGUAUAAAAAUAGUUCCUCAAGUUGCUCAGUCUUGAUUACUUUAUGUAAAAUAGCUCUAAUAAACCUAUUUUAUUCUUA